UUUCUAUUAGACGCUAAAAGAGUUAAAACAAAACAACGGGUAUACAAGUGGCAGUUAGUAAAUUGAUCCCAGUAGCGCAACAACAAAACAAGCACGCGCUUAAAAGCCAUUUGUGUUUUCGUUGUGAUUUCAGAAAAAUUAUUAAUAAUAACAAUUUCGUUAAUAUUGUGAAAAUUCUCAUAAUGAGUGCUGUCGAUUCGAUCAUCAACUAUAAGCGCAAUCCCGACGAGGAUUUCUAUGCUAUGCUCAAUUGUGAUGAAAGUUCAACGGUUGAACAAAUUCAGUCUGAAUACAAGAUCUUAGCGUUGCAGUAUCAUCCCGAUAAGAAUAGCGGUGAUAAAGAAGCUGAAGCUAAAUUUCAAAAAUUGAAGGAGGCUAAAGAAACUUUAUGCGACCCCGAGAAGCGUACAAAUUACGAUAAAUGGCGUAACAGCGGUAUUGCUAUGAGCUAUAAAAACUGGUUGGGCAUGAAGGAACAUGUUGGUCAGGUGAGAAGAUAUACAAUUGCGGAGAAAGUGGAUAAAGAGUCAAUGCAUUGGGCAACACCGAAAACAAAAGAUCGUAUGCUACCGGAGACAGCGGCCGCUACUGGUUCCGCAGCUAGUGGCGGUGGCUUGGCUGCAGGCGCACCCAAUCCAGCUCAUCGUCGAGCCUCAGAGGGUGGGGCAGCCCUCUAUUACGGCAGUCGCAAGCCUGAAUGGGGCACCGACAACUCGGACGUAGCAAACAAAUUUCGCAAUUACGAAAUCUAAAGAGGAACUAACCAAAAAAUCGUAUUAAAAAAAAAUAAAUAAAUAAAUAAAAAACGGUCAGUCAUGAGUAGAACAAAAAACAAAAAAACAAAAAGAAAAAGAAAAGAAAAGUAAUUUUUUGUUCAUCGAUCAUUUUAUGUCAUAAAUAUUAGAAUUAAUUUGUUCGCGAAGACAUCGCAGCGGACAUCAGGAACCUGUUGGAUAUGUUGGGAUAGCGAUUACAUUGUUGAACUUAUAAGAUUGAAUAAAAUCGUAUUAAAUUAAAUUUAAAGAAAACGAGAAGCACUUUACUAAUCUAAAAAAAAAGAAAAACAAAAAUUUCAUUUUGAUUUUUAGAUCAGUACAUGAGAAAGUAUGCUAACAAGAAAAAAAAAAAAAAAAAAAAAAAAAAAAA